AUGGGAAAAGGAAACCAAUCCACUGUCAUGGAAUUUCUUCUCCUGGGACUUUCUAGUCAGCCAGAGCAUCAGCAACUCCUUUUUGUGUUAUUUCUAUAUAUGUAUUUGAUCACAGUUCUAGGGAACCUUCUCAUCAUCCUGGCCAUAGUCAGAGACUCUCACCUCCACAUUCCCAUGUAUUUUUUCCUUAGCAACUUGUCCUUUGUGGAUAUCUGUUUCACCUCAACCACAGUUCCCAAGAUGUUAGUGAAUCAUAUAAUGGGAAGUAAGACUAUACCUUUUGGAGGGUGUCUGACGCAAAUGUACUUUUUAUUUGUAUUUGUAGACAUGGACAAUUUCCUUCUGGCUGUGAUGGCCUAUGACUGAUUUGUGGCAAUAUGCCAUCCCUUACACUAUACUACAAAGAUGACCCACCCUCUCUGUGCCCUUCUGACUCUUGGAUCCUGGACUGUUGCUAAUCUGAAUGCAUUAUUGCAUACUCUCCUAAUGGCACAUCUCACUUUCUGUGACAAUAAUGUCAUCCCCCACUUUUUCUGUGAUGUCUCUCUCAUGAAGCUUUCCUGUUCUGAUCCCUCUCUCAAUGAAAUGGUCAUUUUUACAGAGGGUGGCCUGAUAAUGAUCAUCCCAUUUAUCUGUAUCUUGGCCUCUUAUGUCCGUAUUGCCUCCACUGUACUGAGAAUUCCCUCCAUGAAAGGAAAAUGGAAAGCCUUUUCCACCUGUGGGUCCCACCUUGCUGUGGUCUCCCUCUUCUAUGGUACCAUUGUUGCUGUGUAUUUUAAUCCCUCUUCCACCCACUCAGUAAAGAAAGAUAUAGCAGCAACUGUGAUGUACACAGUGGUGACCCCCAUGUUGAACCCUUUCAUCUAUAGCUUGAGGAAUCAAGACAUGAAAAAGGCCUUGACAAAAAUGCUUUGCAGAAGGCAGGAGCAAUGUCUUGUGACUGUGUAUUCCCCCACAACACAGUAUAAUAGUCAACACAUUCAAUGUAUGCUUGUUGUUGUUGAUGAUGGUAGUGAUGGAGGACACCACAAUCCCCGUCCCUUCUUUCCGGUUCAGCUUCAGCACAGCCCCCCAAAUCCAAACCAGCCUGACUUGGAAACUCGGAGCAGAGGGCGCAGGGGGGCAGAGCAGAUCCUGGGUUGGGGAAGAGGGACCGAAUGCAGAGAACAAGUAAAGGUUGUGGAUACGGGAAGGUCGGAAACUCGGGGUUUCGGGCCCCCGAAAAUCUGA